UAGCUGGCCCUUGAUUCCUGGUUUGCACAGUUCCUGGGUCCAGCCUGCAGUAGUCCUGAGGUUCAGAGUGGUUCCAAUCACAAGUGUUACCUUCCAAGGACGGCGUCUUUCUGAUUAUAACCAGCUUGUUCUGCUGCCAGGCUUCUGUCCUGCCCUGCCCUGAGCCUUCUGUCCAAGUCUGCCCAGUUCAGAGUCUGUCAUCUGAACCAUGAGGAUCUGGUGGCUUCUGCUUGCCAUUGGAAUCUGCACAGGGGGCAUAAACUCACAGGACACGUGCAGGCAAGGGCACCCUGGCAUCCCUGGGAACCCUGGUCACAAUGGUCUACCUGGAAGAGAUGGACGAGACGGAGCAAAGGGUGACAAAGGGGAUGCAGGAGAACCGGGACAUCCCGGCAGCCCAGGGAAGGACGGGACGAGUGGAGAGAAGGGAGAACGAGGAGCAGAUGGAAAAGUUGAAGCAAAAGGCAUCAAAGGUGAUCAAGGCUCAAGAGGGUCACCAGGAAAACAUGGGCCCAAGGGGCUUGCAGGCCCCAUGGGAGAGAAAGGCCUCCGAGGAGAGACAGGGCCUCAGGGGCAGAAGGGGAAUAAGGGUGACGUGGGUCCCACUGGUCCUGAGGGGCCAAGAGGCAACACUGGGUCUUUGGGCCCAACUGGUUUACCGGGCCCCAUGGGCCCUAUUGGAAAGCCUGGACCCAAGGGAGAGGCUGGACCCAUGGGGCCCCAGGGUGAGCCAGGAGUCCGGGGAAUAAGAGGCUGGAAAGGGGAUCGAGGAGAGAAAGGGAAAAUCGGUGAGACUCUAGUCUUGCCAAAAAGCGCUUUCACGGUGGGGCUCACUGUGCUGAGCAAGUUUCCUUCUUCAGAUGUGCCCAUUAAAUUUGAUAAGAUCCUGUUUAAUGAAUUCAAGCAUUAUGACAUAGCAACGGGGAAAUUCACCUGCCACAUUGCGGGGGUCUAUUACUUCACCUACCACAUCACCGUUUUCUCCAGGAACGUUCAGGUGUCUUUGGUCAAAAAUGGAAUAAAAAUACUGCACACCAAAGACGCUUACAUGAGCUCUGAGGACCAGGCCUCAGGCGGCAUUGUCCUGCAGCUGAAGCUCGGGGAUGAGGUGUGGCUGCAGGUGACAGGAGGAGAGAGGUUCAAUGGCUUGUUUGCCGAUGAGGACGAUGACACGACUUUCACAGGGUUCCUUCUGUUCAGCAGCCCGUGACAGAGGAGAGUUUAUAAAUCCGCCACACCAUCCAUCGGAAUCAGCUUGGUGACAAACUUCAUCUGAUGAUUUUACUUUAUUAAUUCCUCCAAUUAUUGCAAGAAUUAUAAAUGGAAAAGUUAUUCCUAAAAUUGACUCUGUGUAGCUUACUAUCUCUCCAGGAGUAAAUGUUUAAAAUAA